AUGGCGAAGGAUCGGGUGGGAGGUGCAAGGGCGGAUGGGGGACGCGAUGAGGAUGGAGCUGGCCCCUCGGGUUUGGGCGCAACUGCGGCCAGCCCUCUCGUGGUUGAAGGUCACGGAGUUGCAUUCCGCGACUCAGCCACAUCGGCACACACGUUCCGCAACGGCCUUUUGGGUGUGGUGGUGGCGGAGGAGGAUGAGGCGGAAGAGGAGGAGGAGGAUGUGGAGGCGGAGGAGGAGGAGGAGGAGGAGGAGGAGGAGGAGGAGGAGGAGGAGGAGGAGGAGGAGGAGGAGGAGGAGGGUGGAGGGGAGGACGAGGGGGACGAGCGUGUUAAGGAUGCAGAAGUCGAGGCUGCAGGGGGGGGAAGGGGGAACGCGGGGACCCGGAAGAGGAGGGUGGCGGUAGGCGGACAGGUGGGGGGCAUUGAGCUCUUCAUGUCGGAGCGUCUCAGCAAGUCGAAGUUGCGCCAGUUGAUCACCAAGAUGGUGGUCUCGUGCGACUUGCCAUUUCGCCUCGUCGACCAGCACUCGUUCAAAGAGCUGCUCACGUACCUCAACAGCCAGUGCGGCGAGAAGGGCACGCUGCCCACCCGCUGGACUGUUGCUCGUGACAAUGUGGUCUUCGCAGAAAAGGCGCUCCAAGCUGCCAUCGCCGAGCUGGCGAAGACCAAAGGCUUGGUGUCCUACACCACCGACAUAUGGACAGGCCCGAAUGGGAAGUGCUACAUGGUGGUGACUGGCCACUAUGUAUCCGACAGCUGGGAGCUUCGACAGGUAGUGCUCGCGUUUCGUGAGAUGCCUGGAGGGCACAUCGCCGAGGCGAUUGCGACGGUGGUGGAGGAGGUGGUGGAGGAGUGGCAGCUGCAGGAUCGUUGCCUCGGUAUGACGACCGACAACGCCUCCACCAACGUUCUAGCCCUCAGACUCCUUUCGGAGGAGGGGGCUAGGAAGCGUUACUUCCGCGAGGGCGCCCACUUCCGCUGCCUCGCUCACAUCGUCAACUUGGCGGUGCAGUCGGCGCUCGGUGUUGUGUUGCUGCAACUCCUGCUGAAGAAGUUGCGCGACCUUGCAUCAGCGGUGGGCAUGUCGACUAAGUGCUCGGCUGCGUGGAUGGGGUUUCAGGUGGCGAACCCACCGGUGCCGGACGGGCCUCACAAGCUCGUCCAGGACAGGACCACAAAAGCUGAGAGGAAGAGGUUUAGGGCGCUGCGCAUUACAGACGAGGAGUGGGAAGCCUUGGCGGCGCUGGAGGGGUUCCUGCGUCCCUUUGCCCGAGUCUCCAAGGCCGCUGAGGGGUCAGCUUACCCCACAGUGUCGAUGGUGCUGCCGUACUUCUACGGCCUCAUCGACAGCCUAGAGAAGCAGCUCUAUGUGGGAUCGCCUGUGUUUGUGCGCCCACUCGUGGAGGCAGCGCUGGGGCAUUUGAAGAGGUACGAGUUUGCCUUCGGGGACGAGUACUGGAUCGCCACCUUCCUAGACCCGUCCCUGAAGGCACAGCGGUUUGACAUGGACCACUGGGAGAAGCAGCACCCAGAGCUGGUGGCGGCGGUCGCUGCACAGGACGACGACGACGAGUUCCUCCCUAGCAGGGCGCGACUGCAGGCGCGGGUGGCUGGGGGGGGGGGCUUGCCACAGAUGGACGAGGUGGAGCGGUACGUGGCAGAGGAUCCGGGGGAGGGAAUGGAGGAAGGAGAGGAGGAGGAGGCAGAGGAGCUGGCGGAUGAGGCAGUGCGACUGGCUCAGGGUGGGGCUGGUGGGGAUGAUGGCACAGGCGAGGGAGGGGGUAUGGCCGGCCAGGGAUUGGAGGAGGGGGAGGAGGGGCACAAUGGGGCUGGUGGGGAUGGUGGUGAUGGUGGGGCUGAUGGGGAUGGGCUGGUGGGGAUGGUGGGGCUGAUGGGGCUGGUGGUGAUGGUGGGGCUGGUGGGGAUGCAGGGGCACAAUGGGGCUGGUGGUGAUGGUGGGGAUGGUGGGGUUGGUGGUGCAGGCGGGGGAGGAGGGGGUAUGGUCUGUAAUUGCUGGCAUGCUUAA